UAAGUUCAGGGAUUCUGUUCCGCCAUGGACUGCUGCUGCCCCUUCUGGCGCUUCUGCAGCGUCUUUGGAUGGGGCUCCGGUCAACAAGAGGCACGACAGAGAACUCCAGACGAAUUGCUGGAGGAGAUCUUCCAACAGUUUGAGGAGCCUGGUACUGGUGUGAUCCAGACUUCUCAUUUGACUGAUGCGCUGGCCAAAAUGAACCUGGAAGACUUUGAGGACGCUUCGGAUGACAUCGUUCGACAACCUCUGGAUUUGGCCGAUGUCCAUUUCGCGCAGAUGGACAAGGCAGACUUCGAGGUGGAGCUGUUGAAGAAGGUCCUCAACUCCCUGGGACACCCAGAGCGGCUCACUUUGCGAAGCUUUCAGCAGACGAUGAAGGAAGUGCUUGCUGGGUGGUGUGCCAGGGAGCAGGUACAGGAAGCAUUGCGCUUGGCACAAGUCUUUGAUCCCAAGAAGAUUGGUGUUCUUCCUCGGCCAAGCAUUGUCAAGAUGGUGCAGCUAUGGAGCAAGAGUUGCUUCUCAGAGAAGCAAUUGGAGGAGAUCCUGAAAGAUGUACCCUCCAAUAGUCAAGGCUUGGAAUAUCGCUACAUCAUUCCUUCCCUCCUUCCACUCAAGGCCAAAUACGACUUGGAAGACCCAAAGUCGUUGGCCAAGUUCCUCAUCGAUGCUAACAUCCGAUUAGUGCGUGCUGAGUACCUCUACAAGCUGCUCCGGUCAAAUAGGUGCAUGCCACGACGCCAAGAGGCAGAAGACGAAUGUUGUGAAGUCAAUGGUGCGGAGGUUUCAGCCUUGGUGUCCCACCAGGAAGUGGCAGAUUGGGCUUUGGGGCACCGGGAGGCGUUGAUUUGUUCGGUGUCUCACGCAUGGGAAGCUAGGGAGCACCCUGAUCCGUGUCGCUUCCAAUUGGAGAAUCUGGUGAGCUGUGUGGGAUUGUACGAUGCCGCAUAUUUUGAUGAUCUCUGGAUAUUUUACGAUUAUGUGUCCUUGUUCCAAUUUCAACGACACUCUGCUGAGCAAGAGGCCAGUUUCCGGCGGGCCAUGGGCAACAUGCACAUGCUGUAUGCUCACCAGAGCACCAUGACCUUCCGCCUUGAACGCCUCACACCUCUUCCUUUAUGGACUGCUCUGAAGGAAGAUUUCACGUACAAAGUCCUGGUGUACCAUGUGCCCAGCGGUGCAGUGGUGCCAGUUCCACUCAGCUUCCUGGUGCGAAACGGCAUUCUGUACCGAGGCCGCGGGUGGUGUCGCGCUGAGAUUGAAUGGUCUGCAACACGCGGCAUCCAACAGAAGAAUCUGGCUGUGGAUGGUGAGCCAGGCGAAAGGGGACGCAUGAAGAAGGUGCCAAUGGCUCCAGCAAUGUUCCAGAGGCAUAUGGACACUGCAGCCUUUACACAUCGGGAUGAUUCAAAGAACGUUGUGCAGCUUCAAAAGAAGAUUUUUUAUGACAAGGUCACAGCGCGAAAACAAUUGAAUCUGAUGGACUUGUCAGAAGCUGAUAUGAUUGAGCUCACUGCUUCGCUACUGCACUUCAAGGAGCUGAAGGUCCUGCGGAUCAAUAUUUUCUCAGCGGGUAAAGCUGAGGCCACAGCCUUCUUCCAGGCGCUGAAACCUUUGACCCUGGAGAAGUUGGUGCUGAACUCGGCAGUUGGGAGUGGCGUCCACGAGGCAAUCGCCAAGGGGCUUCCGCAGAUCAACUUCAGCUGUAUGUCCGAGCUGGACCUUGAGGACUGUAGGAUCGGGAACCUAGGCGCUCAGGCACUCGGGGAGGUGUUAAAGAAGAACGACACGAUCACGCAUCUCAACGUUCAAUCCAAUGAUCUUGGUCCUUUGGGCAUUGAGGUUUUGGCAGAAGCGCUCAGGCACAAUAGCACCCUCAGAGUCCUCAGCCUUCGGCAGAAUCACAUCGGAGAUGUGGGUGUCCAGGCAUUGGCAGAAGCGCUGAGCCAGAACAGAACGCUCACAGAGAUUUACCUCAACUGGGAGCAUCAGUCUGCUGUGGGCGUCCAGGCACUGCAGCAAGUUGAAGAACGCCUCAAGGCGAACAGAGAUGCUGCCCAGGCUACUGCAGAGGCUGCAGAAGUUUUUACAGAGAGAGAAGCAAGACGCCAGAGCAGAGAAGCAAGACGCCAGAGCAAUCGACCUGGACGUCCGCGCCUACAGGGACUUGCAAGAGCCUUGAAGGCUGACGGUAUCCAGAGGAAGAUCCACUUGAGUGGAGAAAACAUUGGAGAUGAAGAUCUUAAGGCCUGGCUUCAGGAGAGCGCCAAAGGCAAGCUUUGUUGGAAGCUGUUCAGGUCAGGUGAAACGUAAUUCUAUAUUGUAUAGUGUCAGUCUUGGGCAGGCUUGCGUGCACGCAUAUCAUCACGGCACACUUCUACAUUUUGGCUGGAGAGCCUGAACGGACAGUGGAGAUUCUGUCUGGAACUGGUUCAGCAGUGCCGUGUGUGGGCCACACCUUCUAUGGCGAUCAUUCCAGCUCUCCAUUCUGAGGCUCAAAUCAUCACCCCGGCGGCCUAGGCGGAGUUUCACAACCAUGUUGAGGACAUUUGAGGACUUCCUUGCCGGCAUGUCGCCUUUGGGAUUCUGGGGCUCCAUGGUUGUCUUCGAACAUUACCCACGGGCAUGCGGACUAUGGGCAACCUAGUCGUCGGUCUCCGGGGUGGGUACUCCUUCCCGUGGAUCGGGAUUCUGUGUGGGGCCCAAGCUGACCAGCAGGUGGCGCUGGAGUCUGCCCCAAAGAUGUGGCACCUCUUGAGGUCUCUACGGCGACAGCCGAGGUCUUCGCCCAUCUUCGCACUUCGGGCUUUUACGUCAUCCGGGGUCCGGGCUUAGUGCCACUAGACACUGGCGAGUGCUUGGCUACUCCACCACUGCCCACUUUCGCACAAUUUGCCCGCCCCCGCCUGCACAUACUGUGGUGACCUCCCCUUCCCGGCAAGCCUGUGGUGUUUGGCGGGGGCUACUGGGUCUGUGCGCCAUAUCGUGCGCAGGUGCGAGGUGCGCAACGCAGGAGAGGCAGCGGGUGACGUGCCCUUGUCGGCUCGGGCGGCGGAGUGGCAGCAGCGCCAUGGUAUGUUGGCUGAUGCGGACAGCUGCUUUCCAAUCAGGCUGCCGUCAUCUUGCUGAGCUUUGGCUUGUCGCCCGUGUAGCUUUUGUCCCGCCCACUCCGGUAGCCGGACCCCGUGGGUGUUACCGCUCCUUUUGUUGUAUUUGCAUCAUGGGAUGCUUUUCACCUGUGGCUUCAGCUUCGGGAUCGAAUCUGGCCAGAUCCAAAUCGCUCGGGAGCAACCGAACGAUCAGGUGAAGGUUCCAGUGAAGCUGGAGCAUACCAACGCAUCAUCGCUGACUUCCGGCGUUAAACGAACCACA